AUGAAUGUAACUAAAAAUCGAAAAACUCAUUCAUUUUCAUCAGUAUCAUCAUCAAAUCGUCAUAUUAAAAUCAAACCAUCAAUAACAAAAACUUCAACAGGUCAUCGUCGAUCUCAACGACGUCGAACAAAUGUUCUAUCAUCAAUAUCAAGUAGUUCAUUGUCACCAAUGAUUUUUCAUGAAAAUGGUUCUGUUAAUGAAUCUAUCAGUGAUACAAAUGAUAGUCAACAGACAGAAAAACAAUCUUCACUUGUUCCUACGAAUAAACUUGUAUUUACUACAACUUCCGCAGCAACAAAUUCUAAGUCAUCAUAUUGGACAGUAACUGAUCGACAACCUGAAUGGUAUAAAUUAUCUAUUCCUAUUAAUCAAUCAAUAUUAAAUAAUAGAAAACAAACUGUGUCGUAUAAAACGUUAUCAAAAACAGUUCAAAUAAAUAAAUCAAAUUUAAAUAAUAAUGAUCGUAUUGAUCGACCAACUGAUUCAACUCAAUUAAUUAUGAAAGCAGUUAUGCAUGAACUUGAUUAUGAUUUAGAUGAUUAUGAUCUUAAAUUUCUCCAUGAACUUAAUCAUAAUAAUAAAACCAAACAAAAACGAGAAAUAAGUGAAGAAGAAUUUGAAAAUGCAGUCAUUAUUCUAGAAUUUUCAACAGCUGAAAAAAUUCGUGCUUAUCUUAAACAAAAAUCAUGUGAAGAUGAAAAUAUUGUCUGUGAUAUAUGUUUAUUACCCGAUGGUGAUGAUGGUAAUGAAAUGGUUUUUUGUGAACGAUGUCAUUGUUGUGUACAUCAAAAUUGUUAUGGUAUACCAGUUAUACCAAGUGAAACAUGGCUUUGUAAACCUUGUUCUAUUUUAAGACGACCUGCAUGUAUUCUUUGUCCGAGACUUGGUGGUCCGAUGAAAAGUACAGCAAGUGGAACGAUUUGGUGUCAUUUAACAUGUGCUCUUUGGUUACCGGAACUUAAAUUUGUUGAUUAUGCUAAUAUGGAACCUAUAUUAAAUAUAAAUAAAAUUCCACAUGCACGUUGGUCUCUUCGUUGUGUUGUAUGUUCAACAUCGGAAGGUGCUUGUGUACAAUGUGCACAUAAAAAUUGUCGAACACCAUUUCAUGUCACUUGUGGUCUUAUUGCUGGUUAUUUUCUUGAUAUUCAACAAACAUCUUGUAAAGAAUCAGCUACAGCUCGUUCACAAUUUAAUGCUUACUGUGGUAAACAUUCCGAUGAGGCUAGAAAACGUUCUGAACAAGAAACAUCAAUAUUAUUAACAAAUAAAGAUAGUGAAGAUGAUUCGUCAUGUUCAUCAUUAUUACCAUCAACAAUGCCAUUAACUGUUUAUCGUCGUGAUCAAUUAAAAAAUGAACAAUGGAUAAAUGAAUGUUAUCAGAAAUUUUUUACAUUUAUUUCAUCUUCUCAUUUACAUGACGAAUGUCCAAAUGAUUAUGAUGAAAAUAUAUCAAAAAAAAUUUAUGAAUAUUGGAUUAAUAAAAGACAAAUUAAUAAAACAAUGCCAUUAAUUAAACAUAUUGAUUAUGUCCUUGAACAACGUGAAAAUUCUGAAUUGUUAAUAACACAAAUAAACACUUGUCUCAAAUACAGACAAACAAUGCUUCAGCUUCAAACUCGCUGUAAAUCAAUGAUAGAUUUACCAGCAUCAUCGCCAACACUUAUUCAGCGCCUUGAAUCAUUAAAGAAAACAUUUUCUACACCAAUUCAUCAUCAUCAUCAUCAUCAUCAUCAUCAUCGUCGUCGUCGUCUUCAUUCGUCAUCCACAUUACACUCAUCACAUGGUACAAAUAACCAUAAAAAUGAAACUGAAAUCAAAUUAUUGAAACCGCGCCGUCGAAAAGUUUUCUAUUCAACUGCACAACAUCAAACAAUUGAGCAAUCAAAACGUUGUAUAGUUACAUUAGAAUCAACAUAUCGUCAUAAUUUAGAACUAAACACAACCUAUCUUAUUGGUAAAACUAUUGAAGGACAAAUAAUUCUUGUACCAAAACAACUUAUUGAACCAGAUAAUAUAAUUACAAUAACUGAUAAUAUCAUUCUUCAACAACAAGAAUCAAAUAUUACACCGUCUAUGAACUAUUCUGAUGUACCUAAUGAUGAUGAUGACGAUAUAGAACCAUUUACAAAGACAGAAACAUUUAAAACAACAAAAACAGCCUAUACAUCUCAAGGAAAUGUUGUGACAUGUGUUACUGGAUCUUUUGAUUAA